AUGAUAUGCUUCGAGCCACUCGUACUCUUCACCUGCCUAUACCUAAGCUACGCAUACGCCAUAUUCUACAUCUACCUGCAAUCCUACCCCAUAAUAUUCACUGGCAUCUACUCCUUCAACCGCGGUGAAAAUGGCCUGGCCUUCCUCCCCAUCGGUGUCGGCGCCAUCAUCAGCGCAGGCAUGUACCUCUCCUGGGACGCCAUCCUGAUGCGCGCCCAACGCCUGCAGCGCCCCUGGGCCGCCAACGAAGAAAUGCGCCGCUUGCCGCUUGCCUGCGUCGCUGGGCCCUUUUUCGUAAUAUCCAGGCUUCUGGCUCGGCUGGACGGCGCGCGAAGACGUGCACUGGAUCGUCCCCGCGCUCGCGCGGGCGGGACUCUAUUGGCUUGGGCUAGUCCUGUGUCUCUUCAUGGCGUUGCGUCAACUCACCUACCCGUCGACGCGUACGAAGUGUUUGCCGCGAGCGCGAUGGCUGCUGCAUCGCUGUCGCGCAGUACUUUCGGCGCGAUAUUGCCGUUUGCCGCGAAGCCUAUGUAUCGGGCAAUGGGUGUGGCGUGGGCGACGAGUCUGUUGGGGUUCUUCAGCCCUUGCGCUGUGUGUGGUGCCGUUUGUGUUUGUCAAGUGGGGUGGCAAGAUGAGGGAGAGGAGCCCGUUUUGUCAGUAUUUUGA